UACCUUAUGCCUCGGAAGACCCCACAGAACACCCUAAGCUUGAUAUGGCUGUCACAACGGAGAGGAAAGAAACAUAAGAGAAUAGAAAUACAUAGCACCAUUCAGGAACGACUCCCAUCAUCACCCCACAACGCUCAGACCAACACCACCCACACCGCCACCACACCCACCUCCCUGCUGCCGUGACGCAUUAUUUUUGUUGAGAGUCUUGGUGGGUCUUGGAGUGAGUGAGGGAGGAUGAGUCGCCCCUCCGAUGGGUACUUCGGCCGAGGGUCACGCCGCAGGGUCAGUGAGGGGUACGGUCGGCAGUAUGGUGACUCCUACGGCGGUGGCAGAUCAUCACAGGAGUACUCACGCGACAGGAGCAGCGGUGGGGGGCGGUCACAGGGGAGGGGGCUGAUGGUGAACCCGUGGGAGGGGGGGAUGGUGCCGGGGAGCGGUGGGAUGGCCGGCCGGGCGCUGCAGGGGACGGCCGCUGCUCCAGACAUCGUGGCGUCCAUUAACCACCUGAGUCGUAUGGAUAACCCAGAGUCCGAACUGGCACUGAAUAUUCUCAACGCUGUGCUAACUAAUAAAGAAGAGACACAGUGGGCAAGACAGAGGGACUGGGAAGGCGGACAGAAGAGGAGGAUGGACUGGGAUGACCAAUAUUACGGGUCUGGCCGCGGCAUCCUACCCACCCCCCAGAUGCCCCCACGCAAACUGCCCCGGCGUGACCCUAACAUUGGCCCUGCGUACUCCUGGGGCGUGGUGGGGGGCUUUGUACCAGGGCGGCCGGGGAGGGGGCGGGGUGGAUCAACAGGGCCAGGGUACAAGAUGAAGAAAACAUUGCCAGCUAAGAAGAAAAUAGGAGCUAAGGAGGUCAAGACAAGUGGUGGUGGUGGUGCUGGUGGUGGUGCGAAGACCGAGGACAAGACUAAGGCGGGCAAAGUGGAGGAGGGGAAAGGUAAGGAGCCAGAGACAGGCAAUGGGAAGAAAGCAGAAGGUGAUGAAGGGAAGGCAGAAGCAGACGAGGAGGGCACAGCAGAAGGGGAGGCUGCAGCAGUAGGAGACACAGCAGGGGCGAAAUCUAGUGCUGGAGAGACAGAGCAGAAGAAGAAGGAGCUGGAACCAAAGAAGAAGAAGGAAGAGUGCCCUGUGCCUCUGUCCUACCUGCGUUGCCACAUUUGUCACAUGCACAAGUUCAACAAUGGCUCGAACUUCAUGGACCACGUGAGAAGCAAGAAACACCGGCGCAUUACUCUCUACUACCAGGAGAAGAUCGACUCCUCUCUCAAGAUGCUCAAGGCUCAGUCCUGGCUCAAGUCCCAGCGUCACAUUGUCUCCAUGGUAAAGCAGAAGGGUCGCAUCACCAGGUGUGACACGUGCGACUGCCCCAUCAAAGGCGGACAGGGGCCUCAUCUUUACCUCAGGGAGCAUGCUCUGGUGUACCACUUCACCAAGUGCUUCACCUGCAAGAAGAGGUUUGCUUCCAGGGCGGAGCUGGAGGCACACAAGCUCACCUUCCCCCACAUGAAGGCUCAGAGCAUUCAAGACAGCAUUGCACGGGAGAGGUUCUUGAGGAAAACUAGGAAACAGGGGAAGGAAACUGUCAUACCUGAGCAGAAGUUGACAGAGGAGUUUCAUGAGAUGGUGACACAGAUGCAGCUUAAUAACCUUAGCACACAGGUGUGGAACAAGGACACCAUACCUGUCUACGACCCUGCCACGCCCAUAGGCUUGAACCACUUGGUGAAGCAGUCACUGUUUGUUUGUGCCGUGUGCCCCAAGAAGGUGAGCCAGACAGCACACGAGGCGCUGGAGCACUGCAAGAGCCGAGAGCACUAUGACUGCUACCAGGCACACCUCAAGGCCCUGGAGGAGAAGGAGGCGAAAGGAGAGACAUCAGACAAGGAGAACGAGAAAGAAGAAAGCACUGAUAAAAAGGAAGCCACAGAGAAACCAGAAAUAAAGAAGGAAAAGGAGGAGGAGGAGGAGAACAAAGAUGAGAAAGAAACUGACAAACUAAAUGAGGAAGAGGAAGAAGAGGAGAUGGAAAUAAAGAUGGAAAAUGAAGAUGAUGGAAUGAAAGAUAUGGACAACAUGGAAGUUAUUGAUGAAGAAGGAGAACAAGAAGAGGAAGAAGAGGAAGAGGAGCAAAAUGUCAAUAAAGAUGUACAAGAAGGCAAUGAGGAGGAGGAGGAGGAGAUGGGAGAUGAUGUGCUGGCAUCCGUGGAAGAGGUGGGAGAGGAUCUUGAAGAGGAGACUGAGCUGGAAGAGAAGGAAGAGGAGAAGAAGGAGGAGGAGGAGGAAAAGGUAAAGGACACAGGUGAGAAGACCACCACCUCAGCAACUUCUGCAACACCUGAGGACAAGACAGGAGCCAGCUCCUCCCAGAACAAGCCCGCACCUGAGGACAUACCCACACCCACCCCUGCAUCCACCCCUGCACCCAAGUCUGCACCCAAGCCUUCACCCACCCCAGCACCCACUCCAGCACCCACUCCAGCACCCACUGCAGCACCCACCCCUGCACCCAGCACAGCCCAGGGGAAGGCUCAGGGCAGGCAGGGACGUGGCCGAGGCAGGGGAAGGGGCAGGGGUGUGGCGUGGGGGAGGAGAGUGUAAAGUGUGUGGGUUAGGUUUGUGUGUGGUGCUUGUCUGGGCCGCUCCAUGUGUGGGAGACCUCAGCUGGUGUAGAGAUGGAUAGAUAGAUGUGUGUGUGUGUGUGUGUGUGUGUGUGUGUGUGUGUGUGUGUGUGUGUGUGUGUGUGUGUGUGUGUGAGGGAUUUGUACUUCAUUCAAGCAUCUUUUAUUUUCACUACUGUUGAUAUCUUGUUCACUACUGGAAGAUUAGUACUAAGAUGUGAUUCUUGUUAUUUUUAAGGAUAUUAUUCCAAUGGUUUUCUCAGUUUUUGUGUGAUUGCAUUUCAUUCUUGUUGUACUGAGAGAGAUAGAGAGAGAGAGAGCAUUUACUCUCUCAAUAUGUAAAAGAGAAAGAGAGACAAGAAGUAAAUAAUUGAAGAUGAGAAAAGAAGCAACUGGAGAGAGAGAGAGAGAGAGAGAGAGAGAGAGAGAGAGAGAGAACAGACCGCAUUGCACAAACUAAUGAUAAAAAAAAACUCACAACCAUUCCAAAAAACAUAUUAGUUUUGUGAGUAGAAUUUGCCAGAAAGGAAAUUUGAGAUGCAGGAGUGUGUGGGAGAGGCAAAGGAUAUGUAGGAAGCCAGAUUACUGUGUGAAGGAUGUGUAGGAGAGGCUGAACAUAUCCUGUACACUGUGUCAGGAUGGUUAAGGAUGGUUUGGAAGGGAGCUAGUGUAUGAAGGAUGUGUAGGAGUGGGUACUGUGUGUUAGGAAGGAUUUGUGUUACAGGAGAUGAGGAUAUGUGUUUUUCACCACAAUUAUGUGUAGAGGGUGGUGUUAAGACUAUAGGAAGGUUCGAUUAAGCUGGAGCAUCAUUCCUAAUCUUGUCUUAAUAAAUGUAUGCAAACUGACUGUAAACUCUCUCUCCUUCAGUGUUCAUUUGUAUAUUUAUCAGUUUUUGGGGUCAAGAUGUCACUUUAUUUAUUUAUUUAUUUAUUAUUGUUAUUUUGUUUGUCUUAUUUUUUUUUUUCUUUGUGUUGGACAGUUUACAAGUCUCUUCCAGUUUUUGUGGCAGUGGAUGUGGUUUCUUUCUGUGAUGCUUGUCCUUGCCAUGCCUUCCUUCCCAGUGACUGCCAUGUGUAGGCCUGAUGGCUCCUUGCAGCUUCCCUUUUGUACAUCCACACUCAGCAUCUCCAGGUGUUGACUGUUUACCUUUUUUGUGUCUUCCUCCACAUAUAAAUAACACACACACACACACACACACACACUCCAGGUCUUUUCAGAUAUUCAGCAUUCAUUCUUAUCAUGCCUUCACACACUCACAGCAUCUCCAGGUCUUCACACUCACCAUUCCUCCUUAUCCUUCACUCCAUACAGUAUCCACUCCACAUAGCCUGCCCUCUUAUCCUUCAGUCCUUCACUAAGCCUCCAUCUCUCAGUCCACACAGCCUUCACCCCCUUCUUUACUCCACACAGCCUCCCCCCACAUGCUUCACUCCUUUACUCAGCUUCCCUCCUCAUCUCUCAGUCCACACAGCUUCCCCCCUCAUCUUUUACUCCUCCACACAGCAUUCCUCAUCUCACACCAUCCAAGCCAUCCACAUCUACAUCUCACACCUGCAGCAUCCCUGGAAUCACAUCAGUGCCCCCCAGGUGACAGGUGAGCUCAGUUUUAAGAGAUUAAAUGACUUGUCUAAUUGUCUUCUAUUUAAUUUUUCGUCACCACCACCUUCACCAAUCUUUAGGACCUAGACAUGCUGAUUAUACUGUUUGUCAUGCGUAUUUUUAAUUCUGGAGUAGGGAAGUGAAAUAAUUGAUUUCAUAUUAAGAGCUAAAGUAAGAACGUAAGAAAAAUAAGGGCUGGUGCAAGAAAUUAAUAGGCCUACAAGCGGCAGUCCCUAUUUGAAACAUGCCUGCGUAUUUUCACCUAUCAUCCCUAUCCAUAAAUUCGUGUAAUCUUUUAAAACUACCUAAUGACAAUGCUAACAACCUGGUUUGUUUGUCUCUACCGCGUGGAUAAAAAUUUUUCCUUAACUACCUUGUUGUAUUGCUUGUAAUGGUUGAUGUAUUCUGGUCUGCAACCAUCAUUUGUAUCUUGUUUGUAUUCUUGUAUUCUUAAGCAAUUCAUUUCAAAAUAAUGGCUAAGAUAGUUAGUCUUUGCCAUGCGGAUAAAAUAUUUCCUCUAACUACCUCGUUAAAUUAAUCUGCUUGUAAUUGUUAAUGUAUUCUGGUUUGUGUUCUCCAUUUGUAUCUUGUUCGUAUUCUUAAGCCCUUUGUUCUUUCACCAGGACUGUUAACAAAUGCCACAGACGUGAUUGGUCAGGUUCUCAUGGGUGUUCUCCUCAUUAAUGACGCAGGGUUCUCACCAAACCAUCACUGAGUCAUGAUAUUGCCAUUAUCACUUCAUUAACUUUCACUACAGGCUGUAAAACUAUCACCCAAGGAAACACACUUGUAAAUCCCUAACAGUUUGUACUAUACCCUGCUAAAACAUCCCUAAAACCACGAUAACUUACAGUAAAUCAAAGGAAAUUGUCACUAAACCAUGAAAAUACCCUUGCAAAAUUCAGAUCACCUCACUAAUUAUAAUUUCAAUCACUAAAGCCACGAAAACAUCCUUGGAAAACCAAAUAACUUUACCUUGGGUUUCUUAAAAGUAGUGGAGGUCUUUUCUUUUCUUCCCUUUUGUUGCCUUAGCCCGGUGUCCCUCUAAUAUGAAAAAAAAAGACAUUGAAGCGUUCGAGACAGCGAGAAAGUUCCGAAGCUUCAGCAGAUGUGAACUGACGCCUGACUCUAGCGGCGUCGCCCUCUCCACUUCCGUCCGCCGCCCAGGUAAGGUCAUGCCAACCACGUGCCCCCGCUCCGCUGCUUCACAAGGCGCCCCACGGUGCUACAGCCAGCCCGGCGCUCCACAUUGGCGGCCUGAAGACCCACGCAUCCCAGCGACCCAGUAAAAGUUGUGUGCUGGCAGGUCGCUCCUCAUGCUGCCGUUUUAGAUGCUAGCCUGCCCGAGCGCUCCUCUCUUCCCGCUCCUGCCUCUCUGCCUGCGACGCGCCUGGGGUGUCUGGCUGGAUGAGUAGUGACGCUGCAGUGACCUUGCAGACUGGCGGCGGCUGCAGCACUCCCCUGCAAUACGUCCCCUGCAUUGCUGUAACAAAGCAGCCGUGUGAGCAUAGUGAGUGAGACUCGUGGGCUGGCGCGCCGCCGGUUAAUGAGCAUCAGUGUUGUAAGAGUCCGAGGGGCUCCCAAAUAUAGAUAUUGUUUUUA